UACUACUUUCGUUUUUGAAGACGCCAGAAAUUCGUUGACUUUCCAAACUGCAGCUAUUUAAAUCAUACAACCACAUGUGAAAGUAAUGAGUUGUGUACUUAAGAUAUUCGAGUAACUAUCGGAAAGGACUUUCGUUCCACAGUCACCAAAAGCACUCGGAAGGAUGGAUGCAGUUCCCGGACGAAAGGCACAAAUGACAUCUGGAUCGGCGCCUGACCUCACCUACUGCCAGCCAUGCGCGGAGGACGGCCAGAAAAUCCUCCCUGAGGCCUUCUGUCCCGUCUGCAAGGAGUUCCUGUGUUCUAACUGUGCCCGAGUACACCGGAACCAGAAAAUAACCAAAAGUCACGCCCUCCAGGACAAGGACAGUAUACCUUCCUCAUUACGCGAAGAGAGUGCAGAUGAAAAGUUUACAGAAACAUGUCGUCGUCAUGCUCAAGAGUUCAUAAAAUAUUACUGUCUUAAUCAUGAGACACUUCUGUGUGGACACUGCUUGGCUGAAAAAGCUCAUCGCUCAUGCAAUAUUGAAAGGAUUUCUCAAGUUGCAAAACGGUACAAGGAGGGUGCGGAAUACAACAGCCUGAAAACAGGACUUGUCCAGACGGCCACUGACAUUGGCAAACUGUCACACGACAUACAGGUGAUCAUGAAAUCAGUUGACGAAGAAAGCCUUACCAAUAUCAAUGAGCUUCGCAAAUUUAGGACUGAAAUUAACCAGUACCUUGAUAAAAGGGAAAACGAACUCUUGGCAGAAAUUGAUCAGAAGAAACGAACAUCCAAGACACUGCUAGAUGAACUGAAAUCAAAAUGCACAAACAUGAAAUCAUCCAUUGAGAAACUAAAGUCGGAGCUACAAGCACAGGACGAAAAUGGCAACCAGCUAUUAAUAGUAGGAAAACGAGCUAUAAAAGAGCUGGCAGGUCUCCAGGCAGCCCUGGAAGAUGUGAGCAGGAGGAAUGAAGUUCCCCGAUACAAGUUUCACAGGGACCCCGAAACUGAGAAGUUAAUAGCUUCCGAAAAAACAAUAGGACGGUUGGAAGAGGACGAAUCAACGUCGGCGUUAGGACAACAACACCGACAACAGCAAACGAAGCAGGAACAACGGCAACAGGAGACGAUGCAACAACACCAAAAACAGAUGAAAGCUGUAUCACAAAACGGUCUGGGCGAAUCAACUGCUAUUGCAGGGCAGCAAGAACAACAACAACAAAAGGAGCAGCAACCACGGCAACUCGAGACUAUGCAGCAACAACAAAAACACGUAUCACCAAAAGCCUUAAACCAGUGCCGAGCAGAUCUAAGCCAAUCCCAGUUUCGCAAGCUGCCUGACAUUCCAGUAAAGAAGGCAGCCGACACCCGUGAAUGCUUCCUGACCAGUAUGACCCUCCAGUCCAGAGGCAGGCUCCUACUGGCUGACUGCCACAAUUGCUCAGUAAAGCUUGUGGACACCACUACCAACAAGAUGGUGUCCCAGGUGAAACUUCCAGGUCAACCGUGGGACAUGUGUCUCCUGCCCGGGGACAGGGCAGCCGUCACUCUGCCUUUGAAGAAUAAGAUACAAUUCAUAUCUACUCAGGGAAAUGUAACAUUACUGGAUCGUGUUAAAGUAGAUGGAUACUGUUAUGGAAUAGAUUUCUGUGAUGACUACUUGGUAGUGUCCUUCUGCCCAGGUAAGGUUGUGUUGAUGAACAUGAAAGGAAAGGUGAAGAAGAGUGUGUACAAAUACAACAGUGGAGAACCUUUGUUUCAGAAUCCCUGCUAUCUGACAGUGACCAGGGAGAGCCUGACUCCUCCAGUCAUAUACGUCUCAGACUGGAGCACCAACACCAUAACCAAGCUGAGCAUCUCACUAGAGGUGCUCCAUACAUACCAAGACCCGAUACUGAAAUCACCACGUGGUAUGACUGCCGUAGGGGACAACCAGCUGCUCGUGUGUGGGAUGGACAGUUACAACAUCCUAUUACUAGACACGCUCACCGGCAAGAUAACCCAACUGCUGGGUAGGGAGGAGGGGAUAGAGAGUCCACGCAUUUUGGCUUACUGUUCACAGGAGAAGAUGAUGUUUGUCACCUGCAGUCGGUAUAAAAGACCUGAAUUGGAGAAUUUCGUGAAGGUUUUCAACUUAGUAUAGAUCAUGUCAGUCAAUUUAUAUGAGUGAAAUUUGUAUCAGGUGUGAAAUAAUUCUAAUGUAUAAUAUUAUACUGGCAAUACGCAUAUACAAUGCUUAUUUUCACAUAUCGCCUAAUUCAAUUACUGUGAGAGUAUUUGACGGAAACUUGACUUUUAAAUUAUGUUGAAUUCUUACAGUUUUCAAAUAAUUAGUGACAAGUCGUGUAGUAAUGUAUUAUAAGAUAUACGAGUAUGAAAAUGUGUAUUAGUAAUUGAAAUGUUAGUACCUGAUUGUGUAUGAAAUAUACCAACAAGUUGGUUUCUUACUUGUGAAUGUUUAAUAAAAAAAUGUAAUUGUGUAAUAGAAUGAUUCAGAAUAUAGAUUAUAGAGAUAUAGACACGAUGUGUCUUUUUUCAAUCAGUUUGUAUUUAGUAUAUAUGAUGUUUAUAAUGUGUUUAUAUUGAAAUUAAACAUAUAUGUACGUAUCAUUAUACAUGUAUAUUGAAUAAAUAAUUCAAUAGACAUUCAGCUAAGUGUGAAUUUUUUUCCAAAAAGAUGGAUUGAAUUGUUUGAACAGACAUUGACCAUAGUUAAAAUAGUUUCCUCAUAUAUGAAUUGAAUGAUUAAACCGACAUUGACCAAUGU